CUCUUCCUCGCUUUCUUAACACUUGAAGCACUGGUUGCUACUCCCGCAUAUUUGACAUCACUUUCCUUGCUACAUAGUAAACAUCGACCACAACCUAAACCCCAUCGUAAUAUCAACAAUGUCGGCAAGCCCUUCAACAAGCCCCCAACUGGACACCUUGGACCUCCCACUCGUUCCCAUUUCGUCAGACUCCAAGUCAAGUCUGCUUUUCCGAACGGCGUCGAGGGACUCACCCGGACGCCCGCGAAGCUCGUCCCCACCCAAAUCGACUAGCCCUCAUGGAACGCCUAACAAGUCUCCUCGCCGAAUCAAUACGAACCCGGACAUCGCUACCUCAGACGAGUUGCGCCUUCGAGUCAACAAGCGCAUCAUCCUAUGCUGCGACGGCACAUGGCAAGAUGGGAUUGGAGAGCACAGGUCCAUGUACACCAAUGUCCUCCGUCUUGCCCGAACGAUCUACCAUGCCGACGAACGGUUCCAGCCCCCAAUCCCACAGAUUGUCUUCUAUCAAUCAGGUAUCGGGACAGAGAAGAAUUUUUACUCCGAAUACAUCGAAGGAACAACCGGAGGAUCUUUGGCGGACAAGGUAGAAGAAGCGUAUGCCUUCAUUGCACACAAUUAUAAUCCUGGAGACGAGAUCUACUUGUUUGGAUUCUCCCGGGGCGCUUAUACUGCUCGGAUGGUGGCCAUGUUCGUUGGUGAAAUUGGUGUCUUGGAUAGAAAAGAGAUGGACCACUUUGGCAAAAUCUUUCUAUGUUACCAAAAGCUUGGCAAGUCCAAAAAGGCCGAGGAAAUUAAAGAAUUACAGGAGCAGCUGCACCGUUGGCGUAAUCCUCAGGCCCCCGGGAAAUUACGCGCUGACUGCGACGGAGAUACAUUCACCGUCAAAUGUCUUGGUGUUUUCGAUACCGUUGGAUCUCUAGGCCUGCCCGAAUCGCUCACGCUGAGGUCCUCCAGGGUUAGGACAAUCUUUGGAUUCCGCGAUCGUAUUUUGGGCGAACACAUAGAGAGGGCAUACCAGGCCCUCGCCCUUCAUGAAAUGCGUGCAGACUUUAAUUGCAACAAGUUCACGCAAACUGAGAAGGGCUUUGCAAAAGGACAGGUCCUCAAGCAGUGCUGGUUCGCCGGUGCCCACUCUGAUGUAGGCGGAGGCUACAAGGAGCAUGACCUUGCUGAUAUUGCUCUGACCUGGAUGGCGGCGCACGUUGGCGAUAUAUUGGCCAUCGACACUGAAUAUCUCUUCCACCUACCACAGCCCGUUGCUGAAUGGGGCAAGCAGGUACCACACGAUUCGAAGUCCGGGAUCUUCCUCCUGGCGCAAAGGAUUCAGAGAGAACUUCCAAGGCAAUUGGGAGGGCCGCACCACGAAUAUAUCCAUCCAUCCGUGCUCGAGCAAGAAUCGCACUACAAGGCCCUCAAACACGUCUUGGACAAGCUCCCAGGCAUCGUUUGCCCACUCCUUCCCUUGGAAGAAGAGUUGAAGCAGAACUGGCCCUACACGUCCGAGUCACCCGUCGCCAAAACAUACACCUCGGAGUUGGAAGAGCAGUUGAAAGGCGACACCUCGACCAGGACUGUAAUCAGACGUUCAGGAACACUCUUCCGCCAAUCGAUCUUCAGGAGUCUGAGCGUCACUCGAAAAGGGCGUGGGAAGGGGGAAGCUGACAUCGAGGUGGAAGUCGUUGAGGAGGAAGACCAGGUCGAGGAGAAGAUAGAGGAGUCGAGGAAGUUGAAGAAGCAGAGGAGGAGGACUGUAUAUGCCAUCAGUCGCUCGGAGGGCUGA